AUGGAGAUUCUGGGAUUCUACAAGGCACUCAUGGGAUCAGCAGCUAAAUCACUUCCUGCUAUAAAUAGAUUAUAUAUGGCUAAUGGUCCUAUUCUAUCCCAGCAACAAAAAAUGGAACUGUGUGCAGAAGUAACUGAUCAAGAAAUCUUGGAGAGUCUUAAAGCCAUUGGAGAUGAUAAAGCUUCAGGGAUUGACGUUUAUAAUGCUGUUUUUUUCAAGAAGGCUUGGAGUAUCAUCAGCAGCCAAGUCAAAAAAGCUAUUAAAGGGUUCUUUUUAACUACCAAGAUGUAUAAACCAGUGAAUUGUUCCACCGUCACUCUAGUACCUAAAGUUUCCAAGCCCGCCACAGUCAAGGAAUACAGACCAAUUGCUUGUUGUUUAGUGCUGUAUAAAAUGAUAUCCAAAAUCUUAGCUGCCAGACUACAAAAGGUCAUGCCAAGUAUAAUAUGUGAAGCCCAAGCUAGUUUUGUUCCUGGCAGAAAGAUAGCUGAUAAUGUAAUCCUGGCUCAUGAGUUAGUCAAAUCCUAUACUAGAGCCCAUAUAUCCCCUAGAUGCAUGAUUAAAAUUGAUCUCCAGAAAGCAUAUGACUCAGUGGAAUGGAUUUUUCUACAACAAGUGAUGGAGGAGAUUGGCUUUCCUACCGGAUUCAUUAAAUGGAUUAUGGAGUGUAUUAAAACAGUUAGCUAUAGUGUUCUUGUAAAUGGAGAACCUACUGAACCUUUUGAGGCUGCUAAGGGACUCAGACAAGGAGAUCCUAUCUCUCUUUUCUUAUUUGCAAUUGUAAUGGAAUAUUUGAGUAGAUCACUUGCUGAGCUGGGGAAAGAGGCCAAAUUCCAAUACCAUCCCAGGUGCAAAAAACUGGGCAUCACUCACAUGAGCUUUGCUGAUGACCUCCUUCUAUUUGCAAGAGGAGACUUAACUUCCAUUGUUGCUAUGUACCAAAUCACAGCCAAUAUCUCGUCAUGGACUGCUAAGAAGCCAUCAUAUUCUAGUCGAGUGCAACUAGUUCAAUCUGUGAUUUUUGGCAUCCAAGCCUAUUGGGCUCAGUUGUUUAUCCUUUCAGUUAAAGUGUUAAAGAUGAUUGAGGCUAUAUGUAGAAGUUCUAUAUGGUCUGGCAGCAACACUAUCACUAAGAAAGCAUAUGUAUCUUGGGAAAGAAUGUGUACUCCUAAAUCUGCUGGUGGUCUGAACCUCAUCAACCUUCUUUUAUGGAACAAGGCAGCAAUUGCAAAAGUGUGCUGGGAUUUAGCUCAUAAAGAAGACAAGUUAUGGAUCAGAUGGAUUAAUGCCUACUAUGUUAAACAGCAACAACUGAAAGACAUGCCAAUUCCAAAACAGGCUAGUUGGAUGGUCAGGAGGAUAAUUGCUUCAAGAGAUAUCCUGCAACAAGCUCAAAGUUCAAAUGAUCACAUUGGCACCAUCAAACAGCUAUACUUACAGCUAUUAGGAGAUCUACCAAGAGUAAGUUGGAAGAAUCUGAUAUUCCAGAACUCUGCUCGACCAAAGACUGUCUUCAACUUAUGGUUACUACUACAAGGAAGAUUACCUACCAAGGAUAGAUUAGUUAACUGGGGAUUGAACAUUAACCAACAGUGUGUUCUAUGUCAAGGACAUAUGGAGACAAGAGAUCACCUCUUUUUGUUAUGCUCAUAUACAGCAAUGUUGUGGAAACAAGUAAUGAGGUGGAUUCAAGAGGACCAAUCGAAUACUCACAACUGGGAUCAACAUCUUCAAUGGAUCAUCAACAAAGCCAAAGCGAAGUCAAGUAGGGCCAGCAUUUUCAGAUUAGUGGUCACUGAAGUUUCAUAUGCAUUAUGGAUGGAAAGGAAUACACUUAUUUUUGAACAGAGAUAUCGUAGCAGUGAAGUGUUAGCACGAGAAAUAGCUUAUAUAUGUAAUGUUAGAGUAGUUCCUAGAGCUAGAAAACAAAUGCAGCAAUUUUCGAUAGUAGAGUAG